AUUUUCUUUUUGUAAAUUCUGCAAGAUUUUUUCAUUGUUGCCCGUGACCAGCCAUAUUCUUCAGCUCUUAGAAGAUUAUAGUGGCACCUGCUCGUGGUCGUACUCCCUAGUCACGCUAUCAGCAAUUGAAAGAACUACAGCAUGGUGCUCAAUUGUACAGAGAUAGAUUACGUGCUGAAGAGGUACUACCUGGCACCGUCUUAUGGCAUUGAGUUCUGUAUUGGAUUCCCUAGCAACCUUUUGGUUGUACUUGGUUACAUUUUUUGUUUGCCCAAGUGGCACAGCUGCAACAUUUACCUCUUCAACCUGGCAGUCUCUGACCUUAUUUUCCUUUGCACACUGCCACGCCUCUCGUACCUCUAUGCAAAUGACCAAUCAGAGACUAGUCCUUUGGCUUGCCUUAUCAACCGCUAUGUCCUGCAUGUCAAUCUUUACUCUUCCAUCCUCUUUAUGGUUUGGCUUAGCAUGGACCGCUUCCUGCUCAUAAGACAUCCAUCACGGAACCAUUACCUGCUGAAGCCACGAACAGCCCUGAUUGUGACAGGACUGAGCUGGCUGGCCAUCAAUGUGGAAGUUGCUCCAAUGAUAGUACUGAUGAUCCAUGACCUGCAGAGUGAAAAUUGGAAUCGCUGCAAGGAUUUUGCAAGCCUAAAAGGACAUGUCAAUGUAUUAGGCUACAGCCUGGGGCUAACUUUGACUGGUUACAUUCUCCCUCUGCUAGGACUUUGCGGUUUCUCCCACCAAAUUGCGCAUCUGCUUUGUGUCCAGGAAAAGGCUCUACAGAACAGGUCAACUUCGUACAAGCGGCCUCUCCGGGUUGCUGCAUCAACUGCAGUCCUUUUUCUAGUUCUCUACACUCCCUACCAUGUGCUGAGAAAUGUCAGAGUAGCUUCUCAGGAGGCCUGGACAGGGCUGCAGGUGUGUACAAAGAUGUACAUCGAGGCCACGUACAUCUUGACCCGACCGCUGGCCUUCUUGCACAGCGUCAUCAACCCUGUUUUCUACUUCUUCAUGGGUGACAAGUUCAAAGAGCUCCUAGAGGCUAAGUUCAGAAAGCUGGUCAGAAUGAUAGAGCGGCAAAGAGAAUCCGUCUGAAAAAAUUAUACCCAAGAUCCCUUUAAUCUGUUUUAACUGUUUAACAUUUUUAUUGAUAUAAUUGUCAUCCAGUAGUAAAAGUGAUUAAGUGAUGUAAACAUGUCAUGAAAAUGUUGA